UAUUUAGACCGCUUCUUCCUCUCACGGUGCUCGACCACCGCGCUCGCGAACCAACCAUCCACCGCAAGAUCGAACCACCAGCCAUGGCGGGCACCGCCCAAGAAGGCCUCACCCACCGCGUCGCCACCAGGGACGACGACAACACGACUGUCGCGCCGGCCGUCGUCGGCGCGAGCCGGGACACGAAGAAGCCGGGCCGGGCCAACCGCGGCCUCCGGUCGCUCGCCGCCGCGGUGUCCCUCUCCGCCGGGCUCACCGCCUUGUCCUUCUUAGCCUCCGGAUCCUCCUCGAACGCGAAGGCGCGGACAGUGGCGGUCGUGCGGGCCGGGUCGGUGGCGGCGGAGGCGGUGAUGGCGCUGGCGGCGUGGAUGGCGUGGGCGGAGGGCGGCCUGCACGCGCGCCCGGGCGCCACGCUGGCCCCUUUCGCUGCGCAUCUCGGGGCCGCUCUGGCGUGGGCGCCGCUGGUGCUGGGCCACGGCGCGGCAGGGGCGGGGCUGGCGUGCUGCGCGGCGAUGGCGGCGGGCGCCGUGGCGUGCGCGCGCGGGUUCGGCGGCGUGAACCCCGUCGCGGGCGACCUCGCCAAGGCCGGCGUCGCCUGGGCCGUGCUCCUCGCAGUCAUCAACUACAAGAUGCUCUGAACAGAUCGACGAGCUGGCCUCUCUCUUGAUCUCAUCUUCUCGUGUAGUGUCUUGAGUGUUCGAUCGUGUGCGCCAACUCUCUCUCUCUCUCUCUCUCUCUCUCUCUCUCUCUCUCUCUGUACUGUAUAACGCUUCUACUUCUACUACUACUACGUAAAUGCGUGUGAAGAUACAA